AUGAGGGAAGAGAGGUCAACUGUUGCGCAAACUGUUAUAUUUGUUAUUUCAAUAGCAUUGUUAAUAAGUGGCAUUGGAUUAAAUAUUGGUGGUCUUAUUUCUCCAUCGUGGCAAGUCGUUGAUAUUCGUGAAUUUCGCGCUAUACAUCAUCACGGUCUAUGGCAAGAUUGUUCAAGACCAAAUCGACAUUCAUCUCUCUAUCCAUCGCUGUAUGAUGAUAAUAUUCCCUUAUCAUGCACAUAUAAAUUUGAUUAUUCUGCAUCGGAAGUGAUUGGAGAGAAUCUUCGUGAUAUUGAUAACAGUGCAGCAGGAGAAUCUGAGCAUCACCAGUUCUUCGGGUGGCAGAAAGUUGUUCUAAUAUCUGCUGGCAUAUCCUUAACAGCAGGUAUCUUAGGUGCAUGUACUGGUUUAUGCGCAUCAUGCUAUAGUGCUUGUGCUAUUUUGUACGAUAUUCUUGUUUUUGUGGCUGUAAUCUUCGCAGUGGCUGCUGCUGGAAUAUUUUUCUUCGCUGCUCAUCGUGUAGAUAGUAGAUUUGUACAAGGUCUUGUUGGAACAUACGAGCAAGAAAUUGGGUUUGCAUUUUAUCUCUAUGGAAGUGGCACAAUAUUACUGCUAUUUUCGUUUAUUUUAUCAAUCGUGGCAACUUAUAGAAUUUAUAAAAAUUCAAAUAAUCGGCUCAAUAUCCCGCUUCGCGAGUUAGCACCCUUAUAUAAUUCUCAUGUAAGGGAUACUACUAUAUGA